AUGAGAGCAAAAGCAGGAGCAGGAGCAGCAAGAGUAGCAGGAGUGGAAGUGGACGAGGAUACUGUGCUGCCAGAAAGGAAAUUGGGUGAAGAUGUUAUUACCAGUUCAAUAACAGCACUAAAACAGGCGGAUGAGGUGCAGCGUGCUCAAUAUGUCAAAUGUGAUGCGGAUAUAGCCAAC